UGAUUUUAUAAUUUCAUGAAGUAUAGGGGCAUAGGUGAUAAUUAAUCACCCCUUUCAAAAUUCUCACGGUUUUGUGCACUCCGCCCCGCCAUGCAGAACUGAAGCAAUGAAGCGAUGGUGUUCCUCACCGCCAAUGCCCUCGGCUCGCUCGUGGAAUCGGCCGUGUUGAACCGCUCUCUGCUUCUCGGCCAAGCCGUUCAUGCGAAGAUCGUCAAAACCCUCGAACCGCCUUUUCCUUCAUUCAUCUCCAACCACCUCAUCAACCUCUACUCCAAACUCGGCGCCCUCAACUCUGCCCAACUCGUCCUCUCUCUCACUCCCACGCGCCACCGCUCCGUCGUCACUUGGACUGCCCUAAUCGCCGGCUCCGUCCAGAAUGGCCACUUCGCCGCCGCCCUCCUCCACUUCUGUGACAUGCGCCGCGACCGCAUUCAGCCUAACGACUUCACCUUCCCUUGCCUGUUCAAAGCCUCGGCGUUCCUUAAAUCCCCUUUCAUUGGCCAGCAGAUUCAUGCGUUGGCGAUUAAAAGCAGCUUGAUAUUGGACGUGUUUGUUGGGUGCAGUGCUUUUGAUAUGUACAGCAAAACGGGGAUUAGAGAACUUGCAGACAAGGUGUUUGAGGAAAUGCCGGAUAGAAAUAUUGCAACGUGGAAUGCAUGUAUUUCCAAUGCUGUACUCGACGGAAGGCAUAAUGAUGCGGUUAAAAAGUUUGUUGAGCUAUUACGGGUGGGCGUUGAGCCUCCCAACUCAAUAACCUUUUGUGCAUUUUUGAACGCUUGCUCUGAUGGCUUCUAUUUAAAGCUCGGGAUGCAGUUGCAUGGGAAUGUGAUUCGACGUGGUUAUGGUUUGGAUAUUUCUGUUCUAAACGGAUUAAUUGACUUUUAUGGCAAGUGUCAUGAUGUGGAGUCCUCUGAGUUAGUUUUUGACAGCAUGGAUGAACGCAAUGGUGUUUCUUGGUGCUCACUGCUAGCAGUCUAUGAGCAGAAUGACUUGGGGGAAAAGGCUCUUAAGGUUUUCUUGAAAGCCAGGGAAGAGGGAAUUGAGCCGACUGAGUUCAUGGUUUCAAGUGUGCUUAGUGCUUGUGCUGGGUUGGCUGCAUUUGAGCUGGGAAGGUCAAUUCAUGGCCUUGUUGUAAAGGCCUGUAUUGAGGAAAAUGUGUUUGUUGGGAGUGUGCUUGUAGACAUGUAUGGCAAAUGUGGGUGCAUAGAGGAUUGUGAGAGAGCAUUCUAUGAAAUGCCUGAGAGAAACUUGAUAACCUGGAAUGCUUUGAUUGGUGGUUAUGCUCAUCAAGGGCAUGCUAACAUGGCACUGGAUUUGUUUGAGGACAUGACAAGAAAAACCCGCAAUGUGGUGCCUAAUUACGUUACGUUUGUUUGUGUUCUCACUGCAUGCAGUAGGGCUGGAGCAGUUGAAACAGGCAUGGAUAUUUUUGAGGCAAUGAAGGAAAAGUAUGGUAUCGAACCAGGGGCCGAGCAUUAUGCGUGUGUUGUGGACAUGCUUGGGCGGGCUGGAAUGGUUGAGCGUGCAUAUGAAUUCAUAAAAAGAAUGCCUAUUCGGCCUACUGUGUCAGUUUGGGGGGCACUUUUAGGGGCAUGUAGAGUGCAUGGGAAACCAGAAUUGGGUAAGAUUGCAGCAGAUAAUUUGUUUCAGAUUGAUCCACAAGAUUCUGGCAACCAUGUGAUCCUUUCAAAUAUGUUUGCAUCUUCUGGCAGGUGGGAAGAGGCUAACCUCGUGAGGAAGGAGAUGAAGGACAUAGGGAUAAAAAAGGGUGCAGGAUACAGUUGGAUAUCUGUUAAGAAUUCUGUGCAUGUUUUCCGAGCAAAGGACACGUCUCAUGUAAAAUACCAAGAAAUUCUUGCAAUGUUGGCUAAACUAAAGAGAGAGAUGAAAGCUGCAGGUUAUAUCCCAGAGACCAAUUUGGCUCUUUAUGAUCUAGAAGAGGAAGAAAAGGAAUCCGAAGUUUGGUACCAUAGUGAGAAGCUUGCACUUGCAUUUGGUCUCAUAACUAUUCCUCCUGGUGUCCCUAUACGAAUAACAAAAAAUCUUAGGGUUUGUGUGGAUUGCCAUAGUGCUAUAAAGUUCAUCUCAGGCAUUGUAGGCAGAGAAAUUAUUGUGAGAGACAACAAUAGAUUUCAUCGCUUCAAGGACGGUCAGUGUUCGUGCAAAGAUUAUUGGUGAUGCUAAUCAACAGUUUGAAGAUUAUUACAGGAAAUUUCUUUCUCCUGUCAUUAUACUGGGCUAUAUAUAUCAAACUUACUCCUGUGGCUAUGAUGCAUCCAAAACCAUAAUAUUAAGGUUGGAACCUGAUCGAGCUGCAAGUAAACAUCUCAGGCCACUAAUGAGUGUUCGUCCAAUUUGCCCAAAAUCCCUUGCAAGAUCGUGACAAACUGCCCAUACUUGCUGGAUACACCUAAAUCCUGAUCAGCCAGCAUGUUACGUUUAACUUGAAGGUAUCACUUCUUCCUUGCCAUUACAUCUUGCAGACUAUGGUGUUCCAUUCUUAAUUAGGUAUUAACUUUCCAAUGACAUACAAAAGGUACAUGCCCCCAUCACUGGAUGGCAAAUGGCAAUAAUAUUAUCUAUGGAGUUGAGAUUUAGCGUGAUGAUAACUUUGUUCAAUCACAGUGCAAUUGUUGAAGGGCUUUUUACAUACAUUUCAAUAGUGUUCUGUGGGCAUCAGGCUGGUAGCCUUCUCUGGAAGGGGUUCGUUUCUAAUAUACACUCCUGCAUUAAUAGCAGGUCAGGAAAGGCAUUUCAAAGAAGAGGUUCUAAAAAUAGCUUGAAGUUGAACUAAUUAUGUAUCCGCCAUCUUCAUAGCUCACAAUGACCAAUUUAUGAAGACAUACAUAAUGAGAAUUUUGGCAUUUUUCUAUCAAAUUUUGGUUUGCACUUA